UGCAAGUCCAGUCAUCAGUCAAAGCAAGUUUCGAUUCGGUGUACUCGUCGUUUGUCGUCGUCGUAAUAAAUUUUUUCCUCGUCUCGACGGCGCGGAUUACAAAAAUAAUCCCGUUCACAAAAGUGACCGCAAAUCGGGCCCAGCCCCCGAAAGAAGUUAUCGCGCGUGGCCACAUUCGCCCGAAUUGUUCCCUGAAAAUUCGGAUCCCAGCCAACAGAAGUUCCACGGAUUUCGUGUGAGUGUGUUUGUGUGUGCUGCUGCUGCUACUCGUUUCCCCCGUUUGGAUUUUCUGAUUCGCUCCCGAAGAUUAUUCACCCAUCAUCAAGUUGCGACGACGAGGAAGGAAUUCAGAAUUUGCCAGCAGGCCAACUACUCCUCGGAGAUUCCUUUUCGGGGUGGAGAAGUCUAGUGUUGUUGAUUUCGUUGGUGUUACCCCUCAGUAAAAGUUUUCGUUCGCUGUUGUUGUCUUUCAUCGUCGCUGAUAUUGGAUACCUUGCCGGGGACCUAGGAGUCACAGAGAGGAGCAGCAGACGGAGGAAGGAUGCAAACGAUAAAGUGCGUAGUGGUCGGGGACGGGGCCGUCGGUAAAACCUGCCUGCUCAUUUCCUACACCACCAACAAAUUCCCCUCGGAGUACGUGCCAACGGUGUUCGACAACUAUGCCGUCACGGUGAUGAUCGGCGGCGAGCCAUACACACUCGGACUGUUUGAUACCGCUGGUCAGGAGGAUUACGAUCGGCUCAGGCCCCUAUCCUAUCCACAGACGGACGUAUUCUUGGUUUGUUUCUCCGUGGUCAGUCCCAGCUCGUUCGAGAACGUCAAAGAGAAGUGGGUCCCAGAGAUCACGCACCACUGCCAGAAGACGCCGUUCCUGCUGGUCGGUACUCAGAUCGAUCUGCGUGACGAGCAGAGCACGCUGGAAAAGCUGGCCAAGAACAAGCAGAAACCGAUCACUCUGGAGCAGGGCGAAAAGCUUGCCAAGGAGUUGAAGGCGGUCAAGUACGUCGAGUGCUCGGCACUGACACAGAAAGGACUCAAGAACGUAUUCGAUGAGGCCAUAUUGGCCGCCCUGGAACCGCCAGAGCCCACCAAAAAGAGGAAGUGCAAGUUUCUGUAAAACAUUCGCACGCACACACACAAUUACAGU